GGGCGGAGUCGCUGAAAGGAUGGCGGGGAAAAAAAGGCGCUCGGAAGUGGUCUUAACGUUCUGCGCACCGUUGUUCGGGUGCCUGCGGACACGCCAGCAACAUGCCAGCCUCCGGACCCGAGCGGCCGCAGCUGCUCCCGCCGUCGCCGCCCGCCUCACAGGAGCAGGGCACCGAGCCGCGGCCCCACGGGGAACUGCAGUACCUUGGGCAGAUUGAGCAUAUCCUCCGUAGUGGCUUCCGAAAGGAUGACCGCACCGGCACCGGCACCCUGUCGGUGUUUGGCCUGCAGGCGCGCUACAGCCUGAGAGAUGAAUUUCCUCUGCUGACAACCAAACGUGUGUUCUGGAAGGGUAUUUUGGAGGAGCUGUUGUGGUUUAUCAAGGGGUCCACGAACGCUAAAGAACUGUCAGCCAGGGGAGUGAAAAUCUGGGAUGCCAAUGGGUCCCGUGACUUCCUGGACAGCCUGGGAUUCUCUAGCAGAAAAGAGGGAGAUUUAGGACCAGUUUAUGGCUUUCAGUGGAGGCAUUUUGGGGCAGAAUACAAAGAUAUGGAUUCAGAUUAUUCAGGUCAAGGAGUAGACCAACUGCAAAAGGUGAUUGACACAAUCAAAACCAACCCUGAUGACAGAAGAAUCAUCCUGUGUGCUUGGAAUCCAAAAGAUCUCCCUUCCAUGGCCCUACCUCCGUGCCAUGCCCUUUGCCAGUUCUAUGUGGUGAAUGGUGAGCUGUCCUGCCAGCUGUACCAGAGGUCAGGAGACAUGGGCCUGGGCGUGCCCUUCAACAUCGCCAGCUACUCCCUGCUCACCUACAUGAUCGCACACCUCACUGGCCUAAAGCCAGGUGACUUUGUACACACCUUGGGAGAUGCGCACAUUUACCUGAAUCACAUUGAGCUGCUGAAAAUGCAGCUUCAGCGAGAACCAAGGCCUUUCCCAAAGCUCAGAAUCCUUCGAAAAGUUGAGACAAUCGAUGACUUCAGGGCUGAAGACUUUAAGAUUGAAGGGUACAAUCCUCAUCCGACUAUUAAAAUGGAAAUGGCCGUUUAGAGUGCUUUUAAAGGAGUUGUUUAAAGGACACUGUGAAUCUUCUUAGGGGUUAGUUGUUAGUUUGGGUGCUUUGUUGGAAAUUUUUUUUGCUCUAAAGUAAGAAGAAACUAGGUGAAAGAUCAGUUGCUAACCUGUCAGUUAUUCAUUAAGACUGGUGCCACUGGCAAAUAUACCUGUGCUGGUUCUGUUAGUGACAAAGGGCCUUGAGUUCCGUUAACAACCCAGUGAGGGUACAUGCAAAUGCUGAGACUAUGAAUAAAAUGAGAAUAGUAAAAAUGUACACACUCCUAACAAAAACAUGAACGUGCAUUUCAAUCCCAUGUUUGUAUGAAGGUUAAUGAUUUCAAGAAUUAAAGCUGUUCCCUCAAAUUUGAGCAAACUAAACAUCAGUCAUAAUGUAUAGUUGGUGUGGUUAUCAAUAUAUACGAUUUUAUUUGUUUUAUACAUUGUUAUAAUAAAGAAUUGUUCUGCAUUCA